AUGAGUUGUCACAUAUGCACAUCUGCCCACUCCCGCUUGCCAGUUCUCUGCCCGACAUGUGCCCGCAAUUGUCUGUAUCAACUCCGUCUCGAACACACCCAGAUCCUUCUCGAAAAAGAGUCCCUAGGCAACCAAAUCGAAAUCGCCAUCACCCAUGAUCAUUCCCCAAAUCAGCAUAGCAAGACUGAGCUAAGACGCUCAGAGACUGAUCACGACAGCUCUUGUCGCUGGGUCCUCCAAACCAUCUUGAGCCAACAAGCUGGUUCAGUCUCCAGGAAGAAUGAUGUGGUGCAGCAGAUAAACACAUUGAAAGAGGAGAUUAGGGCAAAAAGGGCUGAUAUUCUGGAGCGCAAGGCGCGGUUGGCUCGUAGGCGUUCUGAUGCUGAAUCGGCCCAAUACGAACUUGGGGAGCGAGAGGCUGCUAUCUUGACAGGCCUGCAGAACACCACUAAGAGGACCGAGCAUCUAUGGCACACAUUACAUAGUAAAACGGCUGAAGCUCGGAUUUUUCUCUGUCGGGAGGCCGCCCAUCUGUAUGGCUUACGGCAAAAGGCAGCAAGGAAAGGCGACGCUCCCCCGACUUACAUCCUUGGAGGCCUAGCAAUUGUAGACUUACGGGACAUGAAUGGAAAGAUUCCCAUAUUCUGGCGGCCAAUAUCUACGUCACUCUCCAAUAUUGCGCUCCUCCUGGUCCUCGUUUCGCAUUAUCUUUCACUGAGACUCCCCGCCGAGAUCAUUCUACCCCACCGAAACCACCCCAAUCCAACUAUCUAUACCCCUGCCGCAUCCUACGACUUCCAUAAUCUCACUGAUGGAACUUAUGAUUCUCAGCUCUCGUCAAAUCCAGCAGUGCCCCGGUCUGCAGAUACUCGCUCGCAGCCGCGUCCAAGACCACUGUUCAUCGAUAAGCCUCUCCCACGUCUCGCCAAGGACGAUCCUACCACUUAUACCUUCUUUCUCGAGGGUGCCACUCUUCUCGCCUGGGACGUUGCAUGGCUGUGCCGGACCCAAGGAAUUAACCUGAAUUCUGAUUCAUGUGAAGAGGUCUGCAACAUUGGAAGUGGGUUGUGGCAGUUAUUGGUUGCCCCACCAGCUCAGGCAUCUACUUUGAUGCGGGCCUUUGCCGGUCGAGAUACGCAGACCAAAGUGAAACCUAGUAAAGAUUCUCCUCGAACGACAAUUCAGCGCAUGAAAUCAUUCCCUAUGCUCGGGCACUAUUCCCACGGGACCGUUCAUUCAUUUCUCGGAGCAUCUGAAGGAUCGGACUUCAUGCGGACGUGGAAGCUACCAACUCCAACAAAGAUUUUUGAUAAAUUAAAGUUCAAUCUCGUGGGCGAGAUGGCUAGCGCGGAAUGGGAGUUCUUGGACGAACAGGAAUGGGAGGACGGGAAUCCGGAAAUCGAACAACCAUCAACGCCAAAGAGCAAACUCACCCAUCUGCCCGAAACGAACGAGACCCCUCAUCAGCCAUCAAGGCCAAAGGGCACAAGUGGUUGGACGAAGCUCAACAGUAGAUAA